AUGUCAGGAUCUGCGGCUCAGGCCGUCCCGGCUAUUGCCAACUUGGACACGGACAAUGUUCGUGACAUCAUCUGCUACAUGAACUCGCGCCGGAACGUCGACACGACUCCUCAAAAUGAGGUCGUGCAGUUCGUUGCCAUGUUCUUCUUCAUCAUCCUGUCUACUCUGUCCUUCGCCUUCCCCAUCAUCCCCCCGGCCAAGUUGCCUUUCAAGGUCCCUGGCCAUGUUUAUGACUUCUUCCGCUUCUUUGGCGGCGGUGUUCUGAUUGCCACGGCUUUCGUUCACCUGCUCGACUCGGCUUACGAGUCGAUUGGUCCGAAUACCUGUGUCGGCAUGUCCUAUGGCUGGGCUGAGUUCUCUUGGCCUCCGGCUAUUGCCAUGACUUCGGCUCUGCUCUUCUUCAUGUUCGAGGUUUCUACUGAGCUCUGGGCUAAGGCUGUUACUCUAACCGAUGCUGAGAAGGCUCAGUACACUAUUCCAUCGACUGCUCGGGCUUUGUGGGCUCAGUUCACAUCGUUCUUAGUCUUUGAGAUUACUAUUAUCAUGCACGCGGUCGUUAUUGGACUAAACAUGAGCACUGUUUCGGAGAAGUCGAUGAUGUACUUUGCAUUCGUCUUCUUCACCAUCUUCGAGGGGCUUAGUCUCGGGGCUCGGCUUAAUGCCGUCCAGCUCCCCAAGAGCAUGGCUUGGGCUUGGAUCCCUUGCGUUCUUUGCCUUUUCUACAGCUUUGCUACCCCCAUCGCCAUGACUGUUGGCAUCGCUCAGGGUUACGACCGCCAUGCUUUUCACCCCUCGGUGGCCUCGGGUGUGCUCGACUCCAUCUCUGCGGGCAUCAUGCUCUAUGUGAGCUUUGUUGAUGUUCUUGCUAGAGACUUCAUGUUCAACACUGAUCGCCCUCGCAGCACUCUUGGUCUUGGCCUCAUGCUUGGGGAUCUGUUCAUGGGUGUUAUUCUCAUGGCUAUCAUGGGUAAGUGGAAGUAG